ACCUAACCCUAACCGUACUAGUUUCAGGUGUGCUGACACUUGCUGAUAUAUUCCACGUUUUUUAAACAUCAUUCCUGAUUUUUUGUAUUUAUCUUAUCUCAAACAUUAUCGGUGAUUAUGCAGAAUCUCACGGAAGCAAUAGUAGCACGCGCUACAGACCCCGUAAUCGCUUUUACUGCUGCUACCGUUUUUGGUUAUUGUUUAUACAAACUCAUGAUAAUCACCAGUAGAAGAAAUCCACCAGUUAAAAUCACUCGGGAAGAAGAUUUCGUCGAAGAUAUUAAUAUGAUCGAAACAGAUUAUCACGAUUAUCACAAGUUGGUUCUAGUAAUUAGAACAGACUUGAAAAUGGGAAAGGGAAAAGUAGCAGCACAGUGUUCCCAUGCUGCUGUAUCGGCGUACAAAGCUGCUAGAAAACAUCCAAAACUCUUGCAAGUUUGGGAAGAAUGUGGGCAACCAAAAAUUACUCUAAAGGUGGAUAAUGAAGCUGCUCUCAUGGAAAUAGCAAAGCAUGCUAAAGCCGUAGGUCUCUUAUCGAAUGUUGUACAGGAUGCUGGGCAUACACAAAUUCCAGCAGGAAGCAGAACAGUGUGUGCAGUUGGUCCAGGCCCGGCAAAAUUGAUAGAUGAAGUAACUGGUCAUUUAAAGUUAUUUUAACUACUCAUUAAAUAAAAUAUCAUAUACAUAUAUGAGUUUAUACAUUUAUUUAUUGCGUAACAUCCUCUGUAAGUAAAUCUAUUGAUUAAAUUAUCAGUCUGUUAUCUGAA